AUGGCCGACGUGGAAAUGGACGUUGACGUUGACGUGGAGGCGGGCUCUCCCCCUCCCCCCGCGCGAAACGAAUCCGACAUGCAAACACACACCAAAGCCACAGCCGUCCGCUCCAUCGAAGGCUGGAUCAUCGUCGUAACAAACGUCCACGAAGAAGCAGACGAGGAAGCCCUACAAGAUCUCUUCGGAGAGUACGGAGAGAUCAAGAACAUGCACCUGAACCUCGACCGAAGAAGCGGUUACGUCAAGGGAUACGCGCUUAUUGAGUACACGACGCUGGAGGAGGCUCGCGCUGCUAUUGAUGGUGCGCAUAACCAGAAGUUGCUCGACCAGACGAUCUCGGUAGACUUUGCGUUCGUGCGCCCUCCGCCUGGUAAGCCUGGGCGUGGACGAGGCGCUGGUGGGCGCAACAGAGGACGAAGCAGGAGUCGUAGCCCCGAGGGCAAGGAUCGUGAGGAGCGCGAUUGA